GUGAAUCUGCAGUAUUGUGUGAGGUGGGGAAGCUCCAUGGGUCCAUCCAGACUGAGUCGCUCAGCCUCCAACAAGGCCUCUGAAGCCUGGGCCCCCAGUGAUCCUGCUGCCCAGCCGGGGAUGAGGAGUAGUGGGCGGCAAGGGAAGGGUGAGGGGGCAGGGCCGGGAUGGGACUCUUCUGACUCCAGCAUCGUGAUCUCAGACGAGGCCACGGAUCAUGACCUGAUUGACCAUUACCAUGGAAACCGCAGUGUCUCAGGAUGUGGGUCAUCACCGCUAGAGCUGUCAGUCAGCCAGGGGAAGGCUGUGAUUGGUGGAAAGGUGACAGGGCAGACGGAAAGGGGCGUAGAGUCAGACGCUGAAUCCUGCUGCUCAGUGGACAGCAUUGCCUCUGGCCCCUCCUUCAUGGUUCAGGCCACUCCACUAACUCCUCCCCCUGGUCUGUGUUUGACCUGUCAGAGACUUCACAGAGAAGCCAAGAGGAGAGGACACACUCCGCUGGACACACUAACAGACGACGGUGAACACACACACACACACACACCCUGUCAGAGAAGUGUUGCCUAGCAAAACAAACCUACUGACUCACUGAGCAGGUGCAGAUCUCUGAUUCUAACAGCCCUUCUCUCUGAUUGGUCUAUCAGAUCCCACUUCCUUGUCAUGUGACCAAUGGGUUCUCAUGAAGAAGUGGACACCUAGAAGACCACAGAACGUUAAAGGGUAAGAGAGAGAGAUAUAAUAGUGUGUGUGUGUGUGUGUGUGUGUAACCCACAGUACUGUUGUUGUCAGGAGGCUGUGGAUCCAUCUGGGCCGGAUCAGACACAGAGAGCAGACUGGAGGAGAACAGCCAGCCUGCUCCAGACCACACAUCUUCCUACAGAGGUAACACACUCACACACUGAGGUAACACACACACUCACUCACACACUGGGGUAACACACACACACACUCACACACUGGGGGAGAACAGCCAGCCUGCUCCAGACCACACAUCUUCCUACAGAGGUAACACACUCACACACUGAGGUAACACACACUCACUCACACACUGAGGUAACACACACACACUCACUCACACACUGAGGUAACACACACACACACACACACUGAGGUAACACACACACUCACUCACACACUGAGGUAACACACACACUCACACACUGAGGUAACACACACACACACACACACUCACACACUGAGGUAACACACACACACUCACUCACACACUGAAGUAACAAACACAUUGUGUGUAGGAACCUGAGGAGAUAUGAGAGGCAGGCUGUGAGCAGAGGGAGGAAGAGAAAGAAGAGGUCCAGAGGUCGUCGUCAGAGGGCGGGAACAUGCGUCCAAAGCAACAGUCUCAAUCGCAGUGGUCUCAAUCGCAGUGGUCUCAAUCGCAGUGGUCUCAAUCGCAGUGGUCUCCAUAGCAGCGGUCUCCAUAGCAGCGGUCUCCAUAGCAGCGGUCCUGAUGGAGAGGUGGUAGGUAGCCCAGAUUUGCGUUAUUCCACAAAGUUCUGUCUUGCGCUGCUGUGAAAAAAUCAAAUGUAUAGGCCUUUUUAACGCUGGCUUUUUCUAAAUUAAAUUAUAAUAUCCAUGUGACAUUGUUGCAUACAGGGAUAUACAAUGACAUUUCAAAUUAUUAAGUUAAUAAAACCACAAACUUUUCAAUGUAGUUAUGAGGUGCACCCCAUAAAAAGACCGGUAGCCUUCACCAAGUAGCUUGUUGUUUACAGUGAGGGAAAAAAGUAUUUGAGACUCCCCUUGGCAUCGAUUUUGUGACACAGAACACAUUCAAGGCGCAUUGUUCCAAGGAAAAUGGUUCUAUGGGAUUAAGGUCUGGAGACUGGCUAGGCCACUCCAGGACCUUAAUGUGCUUCUUCUUGAGCCACUCCUUUGUUGCCUUGGUCAUGUGUUUUGGGUCAUUGUCAUAGUGGAAUACCCAUCCACGACCCAUUUUCAAUGCCCUGGCUGAGGGAAGGAGGUUCUCACCCAAGAUUUGACGGUACAUGGCCCCGUCCAUCGUCCCUUUGAUGCAGUGAAGUUGUCCUGUCCCCUCAGCAGAAAAACACACCCAAAGCAUAAUGUUUCCACCUCCAUGUUUGACGGUGGGGAUGGUGUUCUUGGGGUCAUAGGCAGCAUUCCUCCUCCUCCAAACACGGCGAGUUGAGUUGAUGCCAAAGAGCUCGAUUUUGGUCUCAUCUGACCACAACACAUUUUCACCCAGUUCUCCUCUGAAUCAGUCAGAUGUUCAUUGGCAAACUUCAGACGGGCUUGCAUACAGUGGGGGAAAAAAGUAUUUAGUCAGCCACCAAUUGUGCAAGUUCUCCCACUUAAAAAGAUGAGAGGCCUGUAAUUUUCAUCAUAGGUACACGUCAACUAUGACAGACAAAAUGAGAAAAAUAAUCCAGAAAAUCACAUUGUAGGAUUUUUAAUGAAUUUAUUUGCAAAUUAUGGUGGAAAAUAAGUAUUUGGUCAAUAACAAAAGUUUCUCAAUACUUUGUUAUAUACCCUUUGUUGGCAAUGACACAGGUCAAACGUUUUCUGUAAGUCUUCACAAGGUUUUCACACACUGUUGCUGGUAUUUUGGCCCAUUCCUCCAUGCAGAUCUCCUCUAGAGCAGUGAUGUUUUGGGGCUGUCGCUGGGCAACACGGACUUUCAACUCCCUCCAAAGAUUUUCUAUUGGGUUGAGAUCUGGAGACUGGCUAGGCCACUCCAGGACCUUGAAAUGCUUCUUACGAAGCCACUCAUUCGUUGCCUGGGCGGUGUGUUUGGGAUCAUUGUCAUGCUGAAAGACCCAGCCACGUUUCAUCUUCAAUGCCCUUGCUGAUGGAAGGAGGUUUUCACUCAAAAUCUCACGAUACAUGGCCCCAUUCAUUCUUUCCUUUACACGGAUCAGUCGUCCUGGUCCCUUUGCAGAAAAACAGCCCCAAAGCAUGAUGUUUCCACCCCCAUGCUUCACAGUAGGUAUGGUGUUCUUUGGAUGCAACUCAGCAUUCUUUGUCCUCCAAACACGACGAGUUGAGUUUUUACCAAAAAGUUAUAUUUUGGUUUCAUCUGACCAUAUGACAUUCUCCCAAUCCUCUUCUGGAUCAUCCAAAUGCACUCUAGCAAACUUCAGACGGGCCUGGACAUGUACUGGCUUAAGCAGGGGGACACGUCUGGCACUGCAGGAUUUGAGUCCCUGGCGGCGUAGUGUGUUACUGAUGGUAGGCUUUGUUACUUUGGUCCCAGCUCUCUGCAGGUCAUUCACUAGGUCCCCCUGUGUGGUUCUGGGAUUUUUGCUCACCGUUCUCAUGAUCAUUGCAACUCCACGAGGUGAGAUCUUGCAUGGAGCCCCAGGCCAAGGGAGAUUGACAGUUAUUUUGUGUUUCUUCCAUUUGCGAAUAAUCGCACCAACUGUUGUCACCUUCUCACCAAGCUGCUUGGCGAUGGUCUUGUAGCCCAUUCCAGCCUUGUGUAGGUCUACAAUCUUGUCCCUGACAUCCUUGGAGAGCUCUUUGGUCUUGGCCAUGGUGGAGAGUUUGGAAUCUGAUUGAUUGAUUGCUUCUGUGGACAGGUGUCUUUUAUACAGGUAACAGGCUGAGAUUAGGAGCACUCCCUUUAAGAGUGUGCUCCUAAUCUCAGCUCGUUACCUGUAUAAAAGACACCUGGGAGCCAGAAAUCUUUCUGAUUGAGAGGGGGUCAAAUACUUAUUUCCCUCAUUAAAAUGCAAAUCAAUUUAUAACAUUUUUGACAUACGUUUUUCUGGAUUUUUUUGUUGUUAUUCUGUCUCUCACUGUUCAAAUAAACCUACUAUUAAAAUUAUAGACUGAUCAUUUCUUUGUCAGUGGGCAAACUUACAAAAUCAGCAGGGGAUCAAAUACUUUUUUCCCCUCACUGUAUGUUGGCCAAUCAAAGCAGCAAAGAGGCUCUAGUGGAGUGACCGUUCACUAAGGCAACGCAAGAUGGAAUUAAAUGAAGUUAGCGAAAUGAGAAGUAGGCUACAACGAGCACCAACAGGUAGGCUACUGUGUUAUCUGAAUGGUUUUGUGGAGAAAGCACAAUGUGGCCUCAAUUAGCCUAGCUAGCUAUAUAGCUGACUAGCCUAGCUAGCUUCUCUAGUUUCUAGGCUAUAUAGCUGACUAGCCUAGCUAGCUUCUCUAGGCUAUAUAGCUGACUAGCAUAGCUAGCUUCUCUAGUCCUAGUAUAGCUGACUAGCCUAGCUAGCUUCUCUAGUCUCUAGGCUAUAUAGCUGACUAGCCUAGCUAGCUUCUCUAGUCUCUAGGCUAUAUAGCUGACUAGCCUAGCUAGCUUCUCUAGUCUCUAGGCUAUAUAGCUGACUAGUCUAGCAUUCUCUAGGCUAUCUAUAGCUGGACUAAAGCCUAGCUAAGCUUUCUCUAGGCUAUAUAGCUGACUACCUAGCUAGCUCUCUAGGCUAUAUAGCUGACUAGCCUAGCUAGCUUCUCUAGUCUCUAGGCUAUAUAGCUGACUAGCCUAGCUAGCUUCUCUAGGCUAUAUGGCUGACUAGCCUAGCUAGCUUCUCUAGUCUCUAGGCUAUAUAGCUGACUAGUCUAGCUAGCUUCUCUAGUCUCUAGGCUAUAUAGCUGACUAGUCUAGCUAGCUUCUCUAGUUUCUAGGCUAUAUAGCUGACUAGUCUAGCUAGCUUCUCUAGUCUCUAGGCUAUAUAGCUGACUAGCCUAGCUAGCUUCUCUAGUCUCUAGGCUAUAUAGCUGACUAGCCUAGCUAGCUUCUCUAGUCUCUAGGCUAUAUAGCUGACUAGCCUAGCUAGCUUCUCUAGGCUAUAUAGCUGACUAGCCUAGCUAGCUUCUCUAGGCUAUAUAGCUGACUAGCCUAGCUAGCUUCUCUAGGCUAUAUAGCUGACUAGCCUAGCUAGCUUCUCUCGUCUCUAGGCUAUAUAGCUGACUAGCCUAGCUAGCUUCUCUAGUCUCUAGGCUAUAUGGCUGACUAGCCUAGCUAGCUUCUCUCGUCUCUAGGCUAUAUAGCUGACUAGCCUAGCUAGCUUCUCUAGUCUCUAGGCUAUAUAGCUGACUAGCCUAGCUAGCUUCUCUAGGCUAUAUAGCUGACUAGCCUAGCUAGCUUCUCUAGUCUCUAGGCUAUAUAGCUGACUAGCCUAGCUAGCUUCUCUAGUCUCUAGGCUAUAUGGCUGACUAGCCUAGCUAGCUUCUCUACUCUAGGCUACUCCAGCCCAUUGUGGCUGCUACAAGGUAGUCUUGGCUGUAGCCGAGUAGCUUCUCUCUGCCUCCAUCUACUCGCUCCCAUCUCACCGUCACCUCCGCAGCAAUAGAGCACCAGCCUUUCCUCGCGCAGCAGUGCUCAGGUUAAAAAUGUAUUCUGGAUAUCUGACUCAAAUUCAUGAUACUAUUCGGAUAGUGAAAUGAUUUCAAACCCCCAUCCCUAGUGGUUAGAGUUAAAUCUCUGUUGUGUAUGUUGUGACCAGCAGGAGAACGGUGAUGACAGCGGGCUGGCGCGUACACGCAGGGUCCUCACCUUCCAGGUGUCCCCCUCCUCUGUUACCAUGGAAACCCUGGCCCAGGAGGAGGCCACGCCCCCACAGGAGGAGGAGCCCAGGAAGAGGAGCGGCGGCUUCAGAACCCUGCUGGCUCAGCUCCACGGCAACCGCAGCCGCGUCGUCAGGGAAACACACACAUGA